AUAAGUCCACGGUUCUUUGAAAUGUUUAUCGAGUGGAUUUUUGUGAUCUCCAGCGUACUCCUGGCUUCUGCCGGUUGGAUAUCGGAGCGGAUUGUGGGAGGUUACCAGGUGCCCAUAUCAGAGGUUCCCUGGCAGGCUGCUAUUCUUUUAAAUGGAACUGCUAAAUGCGGCGCUGUUGUCUACAGUGAUAAGAUCCUAAUUACGGCCGCACAUUGCAUUCCCGAAAAUAAAUCAGACAUAUCCAUCCGAGUUGGCUCUUCGACGUGGAACAACGGAGGUCAACUAUUACAGGUAGACGACGCAGAAGUGCAUAAAGAUUACAGUUCAACAAAGGAUGUCCUGAUCAACGAUAUAGCCGUAAUUCGAGUUAAGGGUCAUUUUAAGAUGGGCCACAGUGUUAGCUCCAUUCCUUUGGCAGAAAGUACGCCUGAAAGUGGAUCACCUGCAUCGGUUUCUGGAUGGGGAGCUGUUGGCCAUUCGCAGAAAGGAUCUGAACACUUACUCCAAACCACGGUGAACGUAGUCAGUCAGGAGGACUGCCAGAAGUCCUAUGGCGAGAGGAUAACCAAGAGCAUGAUUUGUGCCGCUGCCCAGGGAAGAGACUCCUGCUCCCAAGAUUCUGGAGGUCCACUGGUCUCCGACGGCCAACUAAUUGGUAUUGUCUCAUUCGGAUCAAGUUGCGCUGAUCCAAAUUACCCUGGAGUCUAUGUUAAUGUUGCCGAACUCAAGCCUUGGAUAUUGAGGGCUAUUGAAAAACUUUCUUGUCUAUGUGCCGGAAAAGUAUGAGGCAUACUUAAAGUCAUACAACCUAAAUACAAAUUCAGAAAAUUUUAAACAAAAUUAAACAGACAUGCUCUUAAAAUUGUAA